AUGGCGACUAUAGAAGAACUAAAUAAGCUGGCAGGAUGGACGGCUCCACUGGUAAAGAUAGACGGUGUUGUCGAGUUUAAGACUCUGACAGAGAAGCUCAAGACGAUGAAAUCCCGUCCAAUCAGAGAUGACGACAUCUUUCUGUGCUCAUAUCCCAAGUCAGGCACUCACUGGACUUGGGAAAUCCUCAACAUGAUCGUGGCAGGCAAGGCCGAGUACACCAAACACUGGAUAAAUUCUGCUGCACUGGAACAUAGGACCGGCGAAGGAAUGGAGGAACUCGCAUCACCCAGGAUCAUUCAAACCCAUUUAUUGCCAGGACAUAUGCCAGAGUUGCUAUGGGAACGCAGAUGCAAGGUGGUGUACGUCCAGAGGAACCCCAAAGACUGUGCAGUGUCAUACUUUUGUCAGUUGAGCCAACAAGUACGUGAGGACAACCCCUCACGGCAAGUGACCUUCACUGGCUCCUGGGACGAGUUCCUCAGGUUCUUCAUAGACGGUAAUGGUACGAACAUCUUCGUCUUCACAUUCAGCACAGCAGGUUAA